GACUUCCUCCAUGACAGACACGCCCCUAUGUUCAACGAACACGGCUCCAUACAUACCCUGUUGUUAGCGGCGCGGACAAUUUUUUUUUUGUGUGUUUGUGGGGCUUUUCUGACAGACAACCGGACCAAAAUCUCCCAUUCCUGCCUACCAUCGCCUUCAUGAACUCGUAGACGUCCGCGCAUCUUUGUCGCCGGUUUGUCACGUUGUUGCUGGAAGCAGCCUCUGCGAGCCCCUUCGAGUAUGUUUAUACAAUGAAGAGGCAUGUGGAGGACCAGGAACCAAUAUUUGCAGGCCAGCAACAGCAGCUACAUCGUAGCCCUAUCCAGGGCAUUGCUGAAAGCUUCCAGCACAGGGCCCUCGCCCCAACCACUACUGUGAUAGAGACGGCCUCAGACAACAUGCAGCCGUCUUCUGGCAUCCAGUAUUCUCUUCCACAGGGUUACCAGGUACCUACAAUGCCUCAGAGCACAAGUGGGCACGGACUGAACAAUUCUGCCCAACAUGUUGGCGCCCAUGCACACAGCAUAGCAGUCCAAUCCCAGGGCCCUGCUGCGGUCCAAGCGAACGUGCAUCCAACUGCGCCCAUGACUUCCGCUCAAGGACAGCAGCAGUUUCAGAGACUGAAGGUUGAAGAUGCCUUGUCAUAUCUGGAUCAAGUGAAGCUCCAGUUUGGAAAUCAGCCUCAAGUUUAUAAUGACUUCCUAGACAUUAUGAAAGAGUUUAAGUCACAGAGCAUAGACACUCCUGGUGUUAUCAGUCGUGUAUCUCAACUCUUCAAAGGCCACCCAGACCUCAUCAUGGGCUUUAAUACUUUCUUGCCACCCGGAUAUAAAAUUGAGGUUCAAACUAACGAUCUGGUCAAUGUCACCACACCGGGCCAGAUUCACUACAUCACACCUCAUGGUAUAUCUGUUCAAAACAUCCCAGUAAGCGGGACACCUAGCCAACCUGUUAGCCAGCAUCAGCACCAGAGUGUGCCACAGGCCAGCUCCAACACUGCUGCUGUUACGCCACCCGUCCCUACACAGCCUGCAGCAAAUAAAAUCAACAAGGCGAUGCAGUCUCCAGUCCACACCCCCACCAGCCAGCCGAACCCAUCCAUCCCGUCGUACGCCUCGCCGCGCUCACCUUCAGUCCAGUCUCACACUCCUGUGAGCAGCACACCAUCUAGUGGGCCACAGCUACAGAACAAUCAGCCUGUGGAAUUCAACCACGCAAUAAACUAUGUCAACAAGAUCAAGAACCGCUUCCAGGGUCAGCCAGACAUCUACAAAGCCUUCCUGGAGAUCCUGCAUACAUACCAGAAAGAGCAGAGGAAUGCCAAAGAGGCAGCUGGCAAUUACACUCCAACUUUGACUGAGCAGGAAGUCUACACGCAAGUGGCAAGGCUCUUCAAGAACCAGGAAGACCUGCUUUCAGAAUUUGGACAGUUCCUGCCCGAUGCAAACAGCUCAUUACUGCUUGGCAAAACUGCUCCUGACAGGGCAGAAUCGGUGCGUAACGAUCAUGGUGGGACAGUCAAGAGACCCUUACCAAACAAUAAACAGAAAUUGAGCCACAAUGGGCUAACAGUCAAAAGACCUGGAACGGUGGGAAUUUCACCACUUCUCAAGAAGAAACCCAAAAUACUUGGCAAGGACCAUGGCUUACCUGAAGUUGGCAAACACAGUACAAACACUGAAACCAUGUUUUUUGAAAAGGUCAGGAAAGCAUUAAGGAGCUCUGAGGCAUAUGAAAGCUUCCUGCGUUGUUUGCACAUCUUCAACCAGGAGGUGAUUUCACGUGCAGAGUUAGUUCAGUUAGUCGUCCCAUUUCUUGGAAAAUUCCCGGAACUUUUUACAUGGUUUAAAAACUUCCUUGGCUACCGAGAAUCCAGCCAUGGUGAGUUGAGUCAUGCAGAGAGUUUACCCAAGGAGCGAGCAACGGAGGGCAUUGCCAUGGAGAUUGACUAUGCUUCCUGCAAGAGGUUAGGCUCCAGCUAUAGAGCGCUACCCAAGAGCUACACACAGCCUAAAUGCACAGGGAGAACACCACUAUGUCGAGAGGUUCUGAAUGACACAUGGGUGUCGUUUCCAUCCUGGUCCGAAGAUUCUACUUUUGUAAGUUCCAAGAAGACUCAGUAUGAAGAGCACAUUUACAGAUGUGAGGAUGAGCGUUUUGAGCUUGAUGUUGUGUUGGAGAGCAACCUUGCCACGAUACGAGCUCUUGAGUCAGCCCAACAGAGACUUUCACGGAUGUCGGCAGAGGAGCAGGUGCGCUUCAAGCUGGACAACUCAUUGGGGGGCUCCUCAGAGGUCAUUCACCGCAAAGCUAUCCAGCGAAUAUACGGUGAAAGAGCCAACGACAUCAUCGAUGGUCUUAAGAAGAACCCAACUGUGACACUCCCAAUCGUGCUAAAGAGGUUAAAAAUUAAAGACGAAGAGUGGAGAGAAGCCCAGAGAGGCUUCAACAAAAUAUGGAGGGAGCAGAAUGAAAAGUAUUAUCUAAAGUCACUUGACCACCAAGGAAUAAACUUUAAACAGAAUGACACCAAAGUGUUUCGCUCAAAAACCUUGCUCAACGAGAUCGAGAUGCUAUUUGACGAGCGGCAGGAGAGAGCAUCCGAGGAAACAGCCACCCCCCUUCCGAGCGGCCCACACAUAAACCUGACUUACGAUGACAGUCAGAUCCUGGAAGAUGCCGCGGCCCUCAUUAUUCAUCACGUCAAGCGACAAGUGGGAAUCCAGAAAGAUGACAAGUUCAAAAUCAAACAAAUCAUACACCACUUCAUCCCAGAUCUCCUUUUCAACCGGCGAGGCGAGCUCUCUGAUGUGGAGGAGGAGGAGGAGGAGGAGGAGGAGGAGGAAAAACAGGACAUGGAUGUGGAUCAAGACGGAUCGAAAAAGCACAAUGGCCUGCCCGGAAGCAACCCAUCCAAAUCGAAACUCCUCUUCGGCAACACAGCAGCUCAGAAGUUGCGGGCCACUGAUGAGGCUUAUAAUUUGUUCUAUGUGAACAACUACUGGUACAUCUUCCUUCGUCUUCAUCACAUCCUCUGCUCUCGGUUGCUGCAAAUAUACGGGCAGGCUGAGAAGCAGAUAGAAGAGGACGCUCGUGAGAGAGAAUGGGAAAAAGAAAUGUUUGGGCUCCAAAAAGAUAAAAAUGAAAACCCGGCAUUCCAACUUAAGAUGAGGGAGCCAAUGGAUGUUGACAUAGAGGACUAUUACUCUGUCUUUCUGGAAAUGGUGCGGAACCUUUUGGAUGGAAACAUGGAACCAACUCAGUAUGAGGAUUCCUUGAGGGAAAUGUUUAGUGUCCAUGCCUACAUUGCCUUCACCAUGGAUAAACUCAUUCAGAGUAUUGUCCGUCAGCUCCAGCACCUUGUCACGGAUGAUGCUUGCACCCGUGUGAUGGACCUGCACCUGAGUGAAAUGGCCAAUAAAGCCACAGGGGGCAUCCUGUCCACACAGACAUCCCGGGCCACAGCUGAGAGCACCUACCAGCGGAAAGCAGAGAAUCUCAUGUCUGAUGAGAACUGCUUCAAGUUGAUGUUUAUGAAGAACCAGGACACGGUUUGUCUUGCAAUGGAGCUUCUGGACACAGAGGAGGAGAACUCUGAUGAGCCAGCAGAGAGGUGGUCGGAUGUGGGCAGAUACCUAAACUCCGAUUCGGCAUCUCCAGAGCUGCGUGAGCAUUUGGCCCAGAAGCCAGUGUUCCUCCCCAGGAACUUAAGAAGGAUAAGAAAGUGCCAGAGAGGAUGGGAACAGCUGCAACAGGAGAGGAUAACCCCGGGCCCCUCGGACCAGUUGCAAGGAGACAAGAGCCAUCUAAAGAUGGAGUGCAUGUUCAAGCUUAAUUCCUACAAAGUGUACGUGUGCAAGUCUGAGGACUUCAUGUACAGGCACACCGCACUCACACGGGCUCAUCAGUCCCACCAGCGGGUCCACAGGCGCUUGCACAGACGCUUCCAGGCCUGGCUGGACGUCUGGGCCAAAGAACACGUGACGAGCGACAUGGCCGCCGACAGCCGCGGGUGGCUGAUGGGGGACGCACAAGACGGGCUUCUGCCCUGCACUACCACCUGCAUCGUGGAGGUCCACCAUUAUCUCAACAUCAACAAAUACAGGGUCAAGUACAGAACACUGUAGUCCGUGAUGCUGCUAAGAUGGACCUUCAUUGUGCCGCUACUGGAUUCAUUUGCCACUCAAGGUUCUGCAGAUGCAGGUAAAUCCUCUGUACAGUUCACACUUGUCUCUCUGUUUUUAUUCAUGCCACAUAAGGAGAAGACAUUUUUAGCGAAUGUGUUUUGCUGUAGAAUGGCUUCCUUGUAAAGUUCAAAUGUUGUCAUCGAUGUGAAGCACACAGGAACAGUAUCCAUAUUUAGCUACUUAUGGCAGGAUGCAAAAUAUGUUUGUUUUUUUGUUUUGUUUGGGAUUUUUUUUAACCAAGGGGCGGCUUAGGAACCUUUUGUGCUGCUGGUCAUGUAGAUGCUAGUUACCAUUUUAUACGCCUUGGAAGACUCGUCCUUUUAAAAACUCAGUGGUGUAAAACAGACUGUAGCCAAAUGUCACAGAUUUGCUCUUGUCUUUUUUUAAGACUGUCCAUUUUCUUGUUGUAUUUACGUUUGUCAAAAAAAAUCACAGUCCGUGUGUUUCACAUGUGAAAUAUGAAUGUGUGUAUUUUUCCGUAAUAGCCAGUGCUGAUGCCUCCACUGACACACAAAUACCAGGUGUGUCAGAAAAGUUCCCCGGGAUGUUGAUUUUUUUGUCGCACCGUCAAGAACAGGGGUGCCCAAAGUGGGCCAAAUUUGGUUUGGCCCACUAAAGGGUGCCUUCCCAAAUGUAAUACAUAUUCAUACUAACCUUUUCAAGCUCAAUAGGGGUGUCUCGAUCUGAUAUUGAUAUCUGUCCGAUAUAUAUAUAUAUAUAUAUACGUGUGUGUGCAUAUAUACAUUUGUAUUAUGAUUUUAUAUAUAUAUAUAUAUAUAUAUAUAUUAGUGCU